UUAUUAGGCCAUGACAGUCUGACAUCUAUCAGAGUGUUAAGUGAACUUUAGGCUCUGUGAUAACUGAUGGUCCAUUUAGACGGUUAUGAUGUGUAGCGUUGACAGCAAUGCACUACCUCCUGGACUUUGGGUUUUCAAUACAACACACACCUCUUUAAAGUAUAUAUACUGACUACUACAACAACCUCACACACACAGCUGGCAUCUGACAGAGCACAGAGAUAAAGGUAAGAAAAAGCUUGUAUUUUUGAUAUUGUUUGUUACAUUGAUUGUAUUGUUACUGUCUACAUAUUUAUGCAAUUCAUCACAUGUGUUAUAAAUAAAUACAUACCAUACAAUUUUUUUACAGACUCAAAACAAGAACCAUGAAGGUGUUUGUGGUACUGUUUCUGGCUGUGUUCACAGGUUGCCAGGCCAACUUGUUCUCUGCUGAUGAGCCCAAACCACAGCUGGAGCAGCUGACUGAUGCUUUCUGGGAAUAUGUUGCCAAGGCAACACACACCGCUGAAGACACACUGAAAACAAUUAGAGAGUCUCAACUGGGCCAGGAAGUCAACACUAGACUUACAGAAGGUGCUAAUGUGGCCAGUGAGUAUGCUGUCACUCUCCAGAAACAAGUGAGCCCUCUAGCCCAGGACAUCAUAACCAAAAUCACCAAGGAGGCUGAAGUUCUGAAGGAGCGCCUUGAGCAGGACCUGACCACUGUGAAGGACAAACUGGAGCCCUAUGCUGAUGAUCUGAAGACCCAAAUUCAGCAGAGAGUGGAGGAGCUGAGAGUAGCUGUGGCUCCUUAUGCCGAGUCCUUUGACUCUGAAGCUCUGAAAACCACGGUGCUGCAGAAGACCGAGGAGCUCAGGGGGAGUCUGGAGGAGAAAGUGAAGGAGCUGCAGUCCCAGCUGGAGCCCUACACUGAUGAACUCAGACAGAAAGUAGAUCAGCACCUGCAGGAAUUCCAGAAGACCGUGGGCCCUCUGACUGAAGAUCUUCAGGCCAAGGUUGCUGAGAGAGCCACUUUGGUUCAGCAGGGUCUGGCUCCCUAUGGUGAGGACCUGAGAGAGAAACUGUACCCCUAUGCCCAGAACCUGAAGGACCAGCUCACCUCUCUUUAUGAGUCCUUCACCAAGACCAACUAAAUACUCUAAACACCACAUUUCCCCCACUGGAUUAAUUUUACACUCAUGAAAACUGGUAAAACUACCAUUCUGUAUUUUGAUAUAAAUCAGAACAUUUUGCAAAAAUACAAAGACAAACUGUUAAACUUGCUAAAGGACCAGUGAAUUUCUCCUGU